GGAGUCGCUGGAGGUUUGUGUCUGAGCUGAUACACCCAGAGAAGAAGACGUGACGUCACCGCAGAGGAAAUCAAAAUGUCUGCUCCGAAAACGAUCCCGAAAGAUGCUCAGGUGAUGAUCCAGAUCCUGAAGGACAUGGGCAUCACCGAGUACGAACCUCGGGUCAUCAACCAGAUGUUGGAGUUCACCUACAGAUACGUGACGACCAUCAUCGAGGACGCCAAAAUCUACGCAACACACGCCAAGAAGUCCAACGUGGACGCCGACGACAUUAAACUGGCGAUCCAGUGCCGCAUGGACCAGUCGUUCACUUCGCCGCCACCACGAGAUUUCCUGUUGGAGGUUGCGAGGCAGAAGAACCAGGCUCCUCUGCCGCUCAUUAAACCGUACACGGGCCCUCGACUUCCUCCGGACCGGUACUGUCUGACGGCGCCAAACUACCGACUCAAGUCGAUUCAGAAGAAGGUGUCGUCUGCCGGCAGGAUAUCGGUGCCUCGCCUCAGUGUCAGCGCCGUCUCCAGCAGACCGACCACGCCGACCCUCGGAACUCCAUCGGUUCAGUCCAUCACCACUAAAGUCGGAGCUCCGGUGUCUCUGACGGGUCAAAGGUUCACGGUGCAGAUUCCACCGCCCUCUCAGACGACCACAACCAAAACCAUCCGGAUAGCGACACCGUCCACGCCGGCCGUCUCCAAUGUCCUGAUCAACCCGUCUCUGAUUGGCUCCAAAAACAUCCUCAUCACCACCAACAUGGUGUCGCAGAACUCCGGGGGCGAGUCGCUGAAGAGGAAGCACGAGGACGACGACGACUACGACGCUUUAUGACGACGAGACUGAAGACGAUGGUUUUUUAAAAAUGUUUCCUAACCUUUACAAAAUGUUAGUAAUGAGGCGGAGUCCUGUUCUCAUUAGAAACUGUUGGUUUAGAUUUUCUAGAACUUUUGUUAAAGACUCUUCAGUUCUGUGGAUUUAAAAUAAAACUUUAUUAAAAUGAAAA